UAUCAGGGGCUGCGCCUGGCUGUCUGUGUGUGGCUGAGAAGUCUGUCCCACAUGUAUGCAUCUAUACGUGUCCUGGAUCUGCCUGUCCUCUGAGGCAGGACACUUCACGCUCACCCUGCACGCCACGAGACGGGAAACUUUCACUCGCGCUAACGGACGGUCGCACAGUUUCUGCAACCCAUGGACACGUGAAAGGAAGACGCCAGGCUGCACGUAACACGACCAUGCACAGGGGACACGCAAGAACAAGAGACCACAGAGGAAAAUAAAAGCUAAUCUCAGCUGAACACUUUUAUGACUUAAAUAUUUCUCUUAAGCGCGUUGCCUGAGCCGACUAACUCAUCGUGUGCCUGGAAGCGACGCGUUUCACACCACAUUCACCCACAUUCUAACGUAGGUUUGAUGAGACUUGAAGGACAUCUUCUUUUCUGAAGCACUUUAUAGACUGGUCUGGGGGGUAAACGAGAGACACAGUUUACAAAUCCGGGGGAGGAAUGAUGUUAAACUCCGAACAAACAGAGAUCCCUGUCCACUCAGAGACUGAAUCAGUGUUCAGUGACUGUGGAGGCGGAGGAGGGCUAAAUGAUGCUGGUGGCAUCAGCUUAUGUGGAGAAACGCGAAUCUGUGAUGCAAGUGAUGCGGUAAAACGAGAGCUCCAGCACUUAAGCCGGGAGGAGCGGCGCAGGAGAAGGAGGGCAACCGCCAAAUAUCGCACAGCACAUGCAACCCGAGAGCGCAUUAGAGUGGAAGCGUUCAACUUGGCCUUUGCGGAGCUACGCAAACUCCUCCCCACUCUGCCCCCCGACAAGAAACUGUCCAAAAUCGAAAUUCUCCGACUAGCUAUCUGCUACAUCUCCUAUCUCAACCAUGUUCUAGAUGUGUGAUACGUCACAGGUGCACUAAAUGGCCUAUAACUGGCCUUCUUCAUUUUAUGCUGCUGUAUUUCAGCUAAAUUAGGACUUUUUAUGGCAGUGGAGAGUCUGUGGGACCAAAUCUUUCCCCCGUCAUGGAUUUUUGUAGAUCCCCCAACUAGAAUGUACAGUUCCUGCCUUUGAGAGUCCAUCAUUCCGGUGCCAUGCCAACUCAACCACCCAAUUACGCAGAGACGCCAAAUUCACAUCACAUUAUUCAUAGACUCUUCUAUCAGUCACACAUAUGAGUCUGACAGAAUGUUCAGUGUGAUAGAAGGCCUCACAUCUCAUCAUUGCAGCAAUCAUAUGCCUGACAUGCCCAUUUUAUGCCCAAGACUCUAAUUUCCAUGGUUUGGACAUCAAACAUUCUAAAAACCCUUAAAUUAGCAGCAAAAUUGGAUUCAUUCUCCUGAACUAGCAAUGUUUCAUUUAUAUUUUCUCACUACACUUGUUCCUGAUGUACAUCAGCAAGAAGCAGGACCAACAAUGAUACCUCCACCAAGUAUUCUAAAGUUAUGUUUCAGUUGUACUUCUUCACUAUGAUUGCUCCUCAUGUACAUUGGCAAGAAGCAGGACCAGCAAUGAUACCUUCACCAAGUGUACUAAAGCUAUGUUUCAGUUGUACUUCUUCACUAUGAUUGCUCCUCAUGUACAUUGGCAAGAAGCAGGACCAGCAAUGAUACCUUCACCAAGUGUACUAAAGCUAUGUUUCAGUUGCACUUCUUCACAAUGAUUGCUCCUCAUGUACAUUGGCAAGAAGCAGGACCAGCAAUGAUACCAUCACCAAGUGUACUAAAGCUAUGUUUCAGUUGUACUUCUUCACUAUGAUUGCUCCUCAUGUACAUUGGCAAGAAGCAGGACCAGCAAUUAUACCUUCACUAGGUGUACUAAAGUUAUGUUUCAGUUGCACUUCUUCAAUAUUAUGGUUCCUGAUAUAUAUCAGUAAAAAGCAGUACCAGUACUGAUACCUCCAUCACAUAGCCUAAAGUUAUGUUUCAUUUGUAUUCCUUCACUAUGACAGUUCAUGGUGCACAUCGGCAAGAAGCAGAACCAGCAGUGAUACCGCCACCAAGUAUACUAAAGUUAUUUCAGUUGUGCUUCAUCACUAUGAUAGUUCCUGAUGUACAUCCACAAGAAGCAGGACCAGCAGUGAUAAAAACCACCAAGUAUACUAAAGUUAUGUUUCAGUUGUACUACAACCGUUUAUGAUGUACAUUGACAAAAGGCAGAACCAGCCUUGAUAGCUCCAUCAACUAUUCUAAAGUUAUUUCAUUUGUGCUUCUUCACUAUGAUGGUUCCUGAUGUUCAUCCUCAAAAAGCAGGACCAACAAUGAUACCUCCAUCAAGACAGAUAACUACUACUUUGAGAGUUCCAUACAGCAAAUGGGCCUUUCAUUGGGGUGUUCAUUUGGAAGUUCUCUUAAUUUAAUAUGCAUUUGAUAUUAAAGACAACGCAAAUGCAUUCUCCGACUGUCUGACCAUGGUUUGAAAAACAUGCGAUUUUAAGAGGUGAAUAUCUCCUUAAUUCUUCUACUGCUACAUGAAGGGUCCUAACCACACGUCACAUGGAAUUUAUGUGGCACUCGCAUUUCAAAUUUAUGUCCUAAAUAGACUGACCCUCUUCUGUGCCGCAGACACCUGACGUAUAUCCCACAUGUACAGUAUCACACUGGUGUAAUUGAAUAAGUAGUCCAUUUUAGGCAGGCAGUUGUUAAUUAUUGAAAAAUAGAUUGAAAUGUGCACUUUUCCUUUAAUACUAAAACCAAUAUAUAAUUAUUUAGUCUAUGUUCGUUGAACGGUAAUGAAGAGAAGUGGGUCUGUGUGUGCCGGUUACUCGUAGUUGGUGAUCAAUUAUUUCUUUACAGGUGGAUUACAUAGUCUGAACUACUUUUAUUUUCCAAACCUCUGUGACUUGAUUAGUAAAUUUCACAAUAUGAGAUCUCUAACUACAGGCAGUUUGACAUACUGAAGACUCAAAAAAACAACAAUGUAAUACUACCUAAUGUACCUAAAAGCUCAAUAGUCUAUUAAAUGGCCACAUAACGCUAACAUAGGCUCCCUGUAAUGGCUAGUUUUCAUUAUUUCAAGGAACUUGGGAAAGUAUAACUUUACAAAUUAGAUGUUACCUGCAUUCAUUUUGGUUCCGGUUUGCAAUUUGGAAUGAAGACCGAAUAUUCUCUAUAUUUCAGUCAAUGCCACUUAAUUUCCGUGCCAAGUCAAUAAACUUUUCUCCAAGCGGAAAAUGUAAUUUUACCAACUCAACGCCAUAGUUGAAUCCUUAAAGUCUAAGAUCUUCUGACAGUAAUGUUUGUCUCUGCCCAUUCUAUUUCCCACUGCAACUACUGCCACAAUUUUUCAUGUUUACUGUCUUUCAAAAACCUAUGUGCCAGGAAUUAAUUUAUUUAUCUUAUUAAUUUAUUGAUACAAUUAUUUAUUUGCUGUGUUGUGCACUUUUUAUGAGAAGAUGAAAAACAAACCCACGGACUACGUGUACCAGCCUCAGAGCGCAGAAGAUCUGGGCUGCCCUCGAGUCUUACCUCCGUUUCGCCACUGAUAGCGUUGUUUGUUCUGUAGAUAUGUUUGAUGACCUUUAAAUAAGCCCUUGAAAUGGAAAGAGAAACAAGCCUGUAAAUACCCUGACAAUGUUUUAUGUGUUUAGAACGGAUACGAACUAUUUAUGAUUUCUUAAA